UCCCGGAAGAUGACAGUCAUCUGAUUUUGUUAGCCAGCGUCAGAGCUAACCAGCAAAACAACUGUCCUGCCUUUUGUUUUCUUCCUUUUCACCCUCUUUCUCCGUUUUGUCGUCCCUUAACGGAGGAUAAAAUAACUCCUCAGGUACCUUCGCACCAUGGACGAGACAAGUCCGCUUGUCUCUCCGCUCCGCGACUCUGGGGAUUUCAGCUACACGGAGCCUAACAGCCCCCGAGGCGCCUUCGGGAGCACGCCGGGCUCCGUGGUGCGCAUCCCGCCCGGGAGUCCCGGAGGGAGCCAGGAGAGACAGCCGCUCUUGGACAAGGAUCGAGGACACGCGUCUCGGGAGCGGCACAGGAACGAGUUCCCGGAAGAUCCAGAGUUCAGGGAGAUCAUCCGCAAGGCCGAGCGAGCCAUAGAGGAAGGGAUCUACCCAGAGAGGAUCUACCAGGGCUCCAGUGGAAGCUAUUUUGUCAAAGACUCUCAGGGGAAAAUUAUUGGUGUUUUCAAGCCAAAAAAUGAAGAACCGUACGGCCAGCUGAAUCCCAAGUGGACGAAGUGGCUCCAGAAACUGUGCUGUCCUUGCUGCUUUGGCCGCGACUGUUUGGUUCUAAACCAGGGCUACCUCUCAGAGGCCGGGGCCAGCCUGGUUGAUCAGAAACUGGAACUCAACAUUGUCCCCAGGACCAAGGUGGUGUAUUUGGCAAGUGAAACAUUCAACUACAGUGCCAUAGACAGAGUCAAGUCUCGAGGGAAAAGGCUUGCUCUGGAGAAGGUGCCCAAAGUUGGUCAGCGCUUCCACAGAAUUGGACUACCACCUAAGGUCGGGUCCUUCCAAAUCUUUGUCGACGGAUACAAGGAUGCAGAUUUCUGGCUGCGGAGGUUUGAAGCGGAGCCUUUGCCGGAAAACACAAACCGUCAGCUACAGCUGCAGUUUGAACGCCUCGUGGUCCUCGACUACAUCAUCAGGAACACGGAUAGAGGAAAUGACAACUGGCUGCUGAAAUACGACUGUCCCAUGGACUCUGGAGGUAACAGGGAGACAGAUUGGGUUGUAGUCAAGGAACCCAUCAUCAAGUUGGCAGCUAUAGACAACGGCCUUGCCUUUCCACUCAAACACCCCGACUCCUGGAGAGCUUACCCGUUCUACUGGGCAUGGCUGUCCCAAGCCAAAGUGGCUUUCUCCAUGGAAAUCAAAGAGUUGGUGCUUCCCAAACUAUCAGAUCCGAACUUCAUCAAAGACCUGGAAGAGGACCUCUAUGAACUAUUUAAGAAAGAUCCGGGCUUCGACAGGGGACAGUUUCACAAGCAAGUAUCUGUCAUGAGGGGGCAGAUCUUAAACCUAUGCCAAGCACUGAAAGACGGUAAAUCCCCGCUCCAGUUGGUCCAGAUGCCCCCGGUUAUUGUUGAAACGGCGAGAGCACCUCAGAGAGCAAACAGUGAAUCCUACACACAGAGUUUCCAGAGCAGAAGACCCUUCUUCACCUGGUGGUAGUGCAGAAGAAAAGCAGCAGCAGAUUGCCAUGCCGAGGGAGCGUCUGUGCAUGGAUGGAGGAGAAAACAGAUUUUUGUUUUGGGAAGAAAAAAAGGUUCUACCACCUCUCCUCUCCUUGUUUUUUUUUUUUUUUUUUUUUUGCUGCAGAAGGAAAGUGUUUGGAUGUAAGAAUGAGGCCAAAAGAAGAGGGAUUUCCCAGAAUAUCUUCCCUGUCUGCAUCCGUGCCUUGUGUUAAUAUGAUUGAAGAAGGUUUUGUGCAAUGACAUUUCUCUGCACUCAUUGGCGCAUGCUAUGGUUGCUCACACACCCACUUGCACACCACUCAGAACCGGCGUGUUCAUGUGUGUGUGUGUGCGUUUUUUUUGGACGAGAGGUGUUUUGCAUUCCAUUGGUUUUUCUUUCGUUUUGUUUUCCUCGCACGUCUCAACACUCAUGGAGAUUUCCUCUCCCACGCUGGCAACAGCAGUGCCAAUACAUUUGCUUUUCGUCGACUAUGAGAUUAACUCUCACACACUUAGGAAGAGGGGCACUAAAGCUGUUUGUAUUUCUAUACAUUGAACAUGUGAACUGGAUCCACAGUAUGCAUCGUUUCUGUGGUAAUCAAAAUCUACGUCUAAGCCGUCUGAGGUGACGUUACAAAACAGAGGUACGUACAUUUAAAGAGAUUGAAUAAGAUAGCAGCCAUGUUAUUUGUUUGCCUAAUUAGUUUUUUUUUCUGAAAAUUAAUUAAAAAUUAAUUAAAAAAGAGCAAAGUUCUGCUUCUGUAACCAGACAGGUGGGUUUUUUGUACCCGCCUCCGUUUUUCCCAGUCAUGACGAUUCCCCGGACGUUUGUGGCUCUUGGGGUCGACCCAAGUAAACGAGAAGUAACAUACUGCUGAACUGACAUUGUUUUGUCACACUGCACUGUAUAAUUUGUAUGUAAUAUUUAAUGAUAGAUUAUAACUGAAAUAUAUUCAAUUAAUACUGA